AGUAGCGAAAAACUAACGCCUUUUGAUAGAGGUUCAAAGACGCAGUACUCUACUUCCAACAUCAAAUAAAAACCGUGCCGCGUACUACUUAAAUGACCUUCACGCCUAAAAGUAGGGCAGGCCGAAGUUGCGCGGCGACAACCGGCGUGAGCUUCGCGAACCGCAAGUCUGGUCGUGCUUAUAUUCUACGUCCGCUCUUUCGCAAGCAGCCAGUAAACCACCUAUUUCCCGCUGCUCGUCUAGUCUACUUCCUCUCUACAACCACUUUCUUCACAGCCUCAGUAACAGCCUCUCGAGCUGGUCUCUUCAACUGUGCAGGGUGCUGCACGCCUACUAGUUCUGCUGCAGCCGUCGCCGCGGAUGCCGCCGCGGGGAGCGUGAACGAAGGUGCUGCACCACAACAAAGCAAUCCGAAACCCACACCAGUGCCGAAUUGCUGUCCCCUGACAGCAUCCAGUUCCGCAUCCGCUUGUCGAAACUUGUGGACCGCAGCGGGGGAACGGAUCCAGGUUAUUAACAAGUCAGGACAACAAGAAGUGGCAGUGGGACCGACCGAGGGCGCGAAUUCUAGAAGUACUACUGCCCGCCGUCGAAAUGACCCUUACUGUCAGCAUACUGCAGUAUCAGCCCCAGGAGAAGAUGAAGAAGGAAAAAAUGCCCCGGCUGGCGUUAACCUUCCUGUUGUGGCCGCACCAAUUGCCGCCUUCGGGCCCGAGGAAGAAGUCUGUAUCAAUGCAGACAGGCAAGAACAGCCUUCUGUUUUCACUGGUCUGGAAAACUAUCACAGGAACAAGCAGCUGGAACCGCCUCUCACCCGUCUCCAAACGGAACUAAUCAGGGAGCUGGAGAGCCAGAAGCAAUCUGUGAUGCAGACCGAGCAAGAACUUGUUCUCGGGAGAACCUCCUCGAGGUUCGCGUCGGCCGGAACAUCAAGUUGCGAUUCGUAUAAUGAUCGCAAAGAGGGCGGACAGGUCCAGGAUCAGAUAAGGCGCAUUGAGCCGGAGUACGAAAAUUUUCCUGGGUAUCAAGAACAUGUCCAGCUGCCCACCGGCGUAAUCGGCGUCGACGAGCUUCCUCCGCCUGGGGGUGUUGUCGGGCAAGUUUACUACGAUCAAACCUCCACAAUUAUCGGGUCCCCCCUCCCACCCUGCUCUUGUCCAGACCUCGCCUACAUCUGGGAAAAUAGGAGGAAGACUUCUAAUGGCGGAACAGGUACUGCAGGAGAUGAUGCAGCAGCUGCUGCCGCUGGUUCAACCACAGAAGUCGGGGAAGCGGACCGCGGGGCAGGGGUCGUGGUGUGGAAAAGGCAAAUAUCACCUGCAAAAAUAUCUGGGUCGGGAAGGAUGCGAACUUGUGAUGCGUGUUGCGGAGCAUGCAAUUGCAAAAAUCUGUGUUGCAUGACUUGCAAAAGGUCCCUACUUCUGGCCAUGUUGAGAGACGGGCACUUCUCAUGCAGAAUAGGCAUUAACAAGGGGCUGCAGAAACUGUGAUGCUAGGCCCGGCAUUACAGACUUGGCGGGGCUUGGAAAAACUGCAUGACAAAUCUCGGAAUCUUCCAGACACCCAGGGAUAUUUGCACUUGAUAGCAAAUCUCUCCCUCUCUGCCAGCGGGGAGUCGAAGCGUACACCAGCCGCCGAUUCCGCCGAGGCUAGUGGAGGGGAGGGAAGAAUUGGAGCCAAAUGUCCAACCGGCGCCGGAAGUUCCGUGCUGUUCGGAUGAAGAUGUGGACAUGUCGCUGCUGCAUGCGCGGAAUGCGGAUUCGGUUUCAAAAGUUUCAUCCCCGGCUGCAGCGGCCAGCACUGAAGCAGACGUGAACGCGAAAGCGAAUGAAAUUUCGCUUGGGAAGAUGAAUCACGGCUCGACUGGUGAACAACAGGACCACGACGGUCAGAUGAGCCGCGGCGCGGGGGAAGAUCCAGACGCAGAAAAAGAACCGUUCGAUCGUGCUUUUCUCUACAAGAGCCAGCUUCCCGAGGACUUGACGAAACAAAAUCGGAAAAAGCGGACUGGUCGGGCGGUCACGGUGGAUCCGAAUCUGUUUCGAAGUUCGAUGCCUGGUGUAGAGAGUGCGGGGCGGGGAGAACAAGAUGAAAAGGAGGAGGACUAUAAUAUCCCCGGAAGUUGUACCCUGCAUGACAACAAGGAAGAAAAGCGAAACAGAAAGCCGCACCAGAACUCGCAGCCAAACGGCGAAGAUGAAUCUGUUCUUUUUCAAAGCGAGCACCCAGCACUGCAGGAGCAAACCGAUGGAGAGAUAGGAGAGGACCAAGACGAACGCAUGAUGAACAACGCAGGUCAACAAUCAGAGGCAGGAAACAAGGCUGACGCAGCUUUAUGGAAAAACACAACUAGAACCGGGUCGAAACAUCAGAACCACUCCAGAAGCGCAUCCAAGCAGUCCGGUACUAGUAGAGCAGGUUCGAAGCAAUCAGUAGCGCGGGUUGCGGCUGUGAUCCAGCAAUUGGAUGCGGGCGUGAGCAGUGAGGAUAUCAGGCAGGAUGUGGUCGGAGAAGGUAUAAUAGCAGAAGAAGAGGAGCUGGAGCCGACUACAACUACAUCUCCACCUGCCGCAAAAAUCGUUACGACAAAAAGAAGCAGCUCGUUCAUGACGCGGCAAAAAACUUUUCAAACGUUCUGAGUUUUGUUGCACUUUUAGUAUUUUAUGGGCGAAUAAAAGAACAACCUUAGCAAACUGAAGACUUACUUUUCCUGCCUCGUACUUGUUUGUAUAGUGUGGAUCAGGAAACCUUAUGAUCGAGCUUGACUUGAAGCUCGCAAUUGGUAGUGUACUAAGCUAAAUCAUGCUGACUGGCCCUAACGCUGGCUUAGGCUUCUGUGUUGAUGCACAGCAGGAAUGAAUCGGUCGUAUGCGUAUCUAUGUGCAGGCACAAAUAUUCAAAAGCUGUUAGGUGAGUAGAAAACUCUCUUCACAACAUCUUACUUUUGCAUGCAUGUCGAUGAUCUAAGUAAUGUUGUCCUCUGUCGUUGAAUAGAUACUAAAUGUAAAAAUUUUUUCUGAAUGGUGUAGUUGUAUUAAUCGAAAAACAAAUGAUUGCUUCCUUUUGCCCUGCCUCUGCCAUCAAGAAAGGGGAAACUUUACACGAAAACGCAAAGAAUCAAUUCUCAUGUUGUCCGUAGAGGAUUUUUGUAGAAAUUGGACUACAUCAACAUCAUCAUUAUGAAGAGGAUGAAUGUGGUCCUGCUACCCACCAGGACAUAGGUUUUCAACUCCGAU